UAACGGAUAUUAACGAGCGCAGCCGGAUGUUUGCGAAGGGAUCAGUGUAAAUUUAGCAUAAUGCUAGCUGUAGAAACAACGGUUUUCAUACCCUUAAUAUAAUAGUUUCGUCUUCUUUUUUUUGCAGUUUAGCGAAACACCGUGAGAUAACACACUAUGGACAGUGAAAUGUCAGAUGUUGACCAUGCACUUGGGCCUGGGAGCAACAGUAUGGAGGGCGAAAAUGCUCCACUUUACUGUAUUUGUCGAAAGCCAGACAUUAACUGCUUCAUGAUCGGCUGCGACAAUUGUAAUGAGUGGUUCCACGGGCACUGCAUUAAUAUCACAGAGAAGAUGGCGAAGGCCAUCCAGGAGUGGUACUGCAUGAGCUGCAGAGAGGAAAACCCACUGUUGGAGGUGAAAUACAGAUCGAAGAAAAACCGAGAGAAGGAACCAGAUUCAGACAGAACCGAAAGACAGUACAGCACCCCGAGCACCCCCGACUAUAGAAGCGAUAGACGACGUGGAUCUAAAGUGAAACGGUCAGUGCGGAUGUGUGGGGAAUGUGAGCCCUGCAGAAGGACUGAAGACUGCGCCCAGUGUGACUUCUGCAAGGACAUGAAGAAGUUUGGAGGACCCAACAAAAUUAGACAGAAGUGCCGCUUCAGGCAGUGUGAGGUCCGAGCCAGGAAAAUGCUUCGUGUGAAAGAAGAAGAAUUCUCCCUGCGUGAGCGGAGGGAGAAUUCCCACCACAGACGAAGGCGGUACUCUGAGGACUACGACAGCGAGGCAGAUCUUUACCAGCAGUACAGGGCAGCGGGACUUGAUGCCGACUUGGCUUGGGGUAGCGAUGACGACGAGCCGGCUUUCAGUCCCGUCAUGCGUAAGAAAGCCAUAAAGGUGAAGCACGUUAAGAGGCGGGAAAAGAAGAUUGAGAAAAAAAAAGAGUCUCGCCGCCACAAACAGAAGCAGAAGCACAAAGACAGAAGCAGACACAGUGAGCGGGGGGACUUACGGGACAGUGGGGGGAUGCGUCAGUGUCUUGGGCCGAACUGUGUGGAAGCGGCGAGGCCCAACUCUAAAUACUGCUCUGAAAACUGCGGGAUGAAGCUAGCCGCCAAUCGGAUCUACGAGAUCCUCCCACAACGGAUCCAGCAGUGGCAGCAGAGUCCCUGUAUCGCUGAAGAGCACGGCAAGAAGCAGCUCGAGCGCAUCCGCCGGGACCAACAGAACGCCCGACUCCGCCUCACUGACAUGGAGCGCCGCUUCCACGAGCUGGAAGGCAUCAUCGCCAAGGCCAAGCAGCAGGCAGUUCAGCAGGAUGAGGAGGUGAACGAAGGGGAAAGUGAUGACACGGAUUUCCAGAUUUUCUGUGUUUCCUGCGGUCAUCCCAUCAAUCCAAAAGUGGCUCUGAGACAUAUGGAGAGAUGCUACGCUAAGUACGAAAGCCAGACAUCUUUUGGAUCUAUGUAUCCCACAAGAAUAGAGGGUGCCACUCGACUCUUUUGUGACGUGUACAACCCUCAGAGCAAGACGUACUGCAAGAGGCUGCAGGUUCUGUGUCCAGAACAUUCCAGAGAUCCCAAGGUUCCUGUAGAUGAGGUGUGUGGAUGCCCGCUGGUAAAGAAUGUUUUUGAUCCGACCGGGGAUUACUGCAGGGUAUCAAAAAGGAAGUGCAACAAACAUUACAACUGGGAAAAGCUGAGGAGAGCUGAGGUGGACUUGGAGCGAGUCAGAGUGUGGUACAAGCUGGAUGAGCUGUUCGAGCAGGAGCGUAACGUCAGGACUGCUAUGACCAACAGAGCUGGUCUGCUGGCUCUAAUGUUGCACCAAACUAUCCAGCAUGACCCUGUGACAACUGAUCUCCGUAGCAACAAGGAUAGAUAGUCAGCCUGAUUUGUUGCUGGAUUUCGAACAGUAGAUCAAUGUACAUAUAAUAAUUGUGGGCUAAAGAUUUUAAAGUUCUAGAUUACCUACUGCUUUAAAAGAUAAUUUUCUACCAUUAUAAAGCGUGUAUGAUAAUAUAUUUUCCCUAAAAGUGGUAGAAAAGCUACAUUUCACAACUGCAGUUUUUUGUAUGUGCAUUCUAAAUAAACUGCUUUUAUGGA